AUGCCCCGUGCCUUCCUGGUCAGGAGUCGGCGUCCACAGCCACCCAACUGGGGCCACCUGCCUGAUCAGCUCCGGGGAGAUGCCUAUGUCCCAGGUGGGCCCCUCAUUGGGCCUGGAGGUGAGGGGGGUGAGACACAAAGCAUCACCGUCUGGCUUCUCUCCUCAGACUGCAGCAACCAGCAGGGCCCUCCAGCACACCAGUCUUCUGGCUUCGGAGACCGUUGGGUAGCGCAGCCCAUGCAGGGCAGGCUGGCCUCCACUCCCAGGGGCCCGGGGACACUUGGCUGCCCACUCUGCCCCAAGGCCUUCCCUCUGCAGCGCAUGCUGACACGACACCUCAAGUGCCACAGCCCUGCGCGCCGCCACGUGUGCCACUGUUGUGGCAAGGGCUUUCACGAUGCCUUUGACCUCAAGCGCCACAUGAGGACUCACACCGGGAUCCGGCCAUUCCGCUGUGGAGCUUGCGGGAAAGCAUUUACACAGCGCUGCUCACUUGAAGCUCAUCUUGCCAAGGUGCAUGGGCAGCCGGCCAUCUACGCUUAUCGUGAGCGCCGUGAGAAGCUGCAUGUGUGUGAGGACUGUGGCUUCACCUGCUCGAGGCCGGACGCCUACGUGCAGCACCGCGCCCUACAUCGCGCUGCUUGA